GUGCUAUAAGUCUCUUCCCUUCGCUCGCGUUAUUCCUUUUCUUCCCGAAGGCCGAAGGUUAAAGGAGGUCCGCCAUCGCACACCCCAGACUCCAUUUGAGCAGGUAGAAGAAUCUGCUACUCUACAUUGACAAUAAGCGUGAAAAGCAUCUAUAUCUGCUAUUCAGAUGGGCAUUUUGUCAUGCUAAUGGAUUAUCUUAUUGAAGUGACUCUCUCUUAGCUUAUAUGGGUUGCUGUGUUGGAGGUCUAUCUAAACCUCAACCAAUACCAGAUAGAACAUUGAGGACACCCCAAAAGAAGAAUUCUGGUCAAUCAUCUAGGCAAAAGAGAAGGCAAUGGUCAACAAGUCCAGAGGUAAUGGAGAAUAAUGUUAGCAUAUCUUACUCCGUUGAGACACACAAUUCUUCUGGUCCCACUACCGUCAAUGAAGACAGCAAUGUUGUGGAGGAAAACACCAACAACGGUUCAUUUAUCAACCAAGCUGCUAUAGCUUGGAACGAGAUGAGAAGAGAUUGGGUUGGUGAUCGGUCAAAUAAAUCCCAUAGAGCACCAAGGGAACCAAUAAUAAGCUGGUGCAUGACUUAUGAUGAUUUACUUUCGACCAAUCAACCUUUCCCACAACCAAUCCCACUAUCUGAUUUUCUGAUUGUUAUAUGACAUCAAACUUUUGAGACUUGCAGGAGAUGGUAGAUUUUUUAGUUGACAUUUGGCAUGAAGCAGGCCUUUAUGAUUAGAGGAGGAUGCUUGGUACAGCAGUAACAUGACUUUAGUCAUGGAAGUCAAGCGGGGAUUUCUCAUUAAAAGCAUUCAGACAGAUGUUUUAUUGUUGUCAAGUCAGUGUGUUUUAUCAUGUAAAACUAGCAUAAUUCUGACUUCAGCAUUUAACCUAAGCCCUAACUGAUAUUGGAAGCCAUUGAAUGAAGAUAGCAAGUACCCGUGAGUUACUGUUUUCUUUAAUGCCUUGGUAGUAUUUCGGGUGGAAGGAUCAUCUUCUCAGCAUGUCAUUAUGUUAGAGUUAGAUCCUCAUCUCGGUAAACAUAAAAUACAAGCAUUGUGUGCAUUCGAUAUUCAGUGUUCUGUUAUUUUAAUAGAUUCCCAACUGUGUGGUGUAUUUUGGACUUCAGUGCAAGGAUAAUAAAAAAUGACAGAUUACUGGCAUUUGCAUAUGGA